CAGACACAUUAGUAUAAGAUAUCAAAAAUCUCACCUACACAUUAGUAAAACACACAAAACUCCAGGACAGAGGUCACUCCAGGGUUCUUUAUUGAGAUCACCAAACACAGUCCAAGUCCCAUAGAUUAUGUGCUCUAAUGAAAAUAAAACGUCCUUUCAAUCUGACCCAGGCCGUAGAUCCCCAUUCUGAACGCAACACUACUGAUGCACUUGAGCAAAGGCUCAGAACCUUAGCUACCUUAGUAGCCUAUAUAUCACUCAUAAAAUGUUGACAGUGGAUAAUCAAUAGUGCUGGGGAUGACUUCUAUCACAAAUGAAGGUCAUUGCUACACGACGCUCGUUUGAUUACAUAACUGCUGAGACCCUCCAGGACUAGGGUUUGACUGGCUAAAUGACUGAUCAAUGAAAAGGUGUCAACUGAAUUUUGUUGUAAAACAAUUUUAUAAUUGAUGUGAAUAACUGUGUCCUCAAUUAGUAUGUUCUCAAUGAGAGGGAGAGAGAUUUAUUAUGACACUACAACAAAACAGCACAAGGCACAGAAAACUAAAAUCACAAGGAAAGAAAAAAGUGAAAGGGAGAAAGAGCAAAUAUGAUAAACAGCGAGAAAGAUUUCACAACAAAACCAAAUGAUACCACUCAAUGUGAAGGUCCAGCCUACCCUCCCUGUCAACAUUACACAAGGCCCCAUCAAUCCCCCACAAUGACAAACUUCUGCAUUUUUCCACAAGAGUGUAAUAAGCAAAUUCCACUCUCAGCCUCCCUGCCACCAGCCCCCUUAAAAAAAAAGAGAGACACAGAGAGAAAGGGAGAGAGGGAGAGAGAGAGAGAAAGAGACAAGGAGGAAAUGGCAAUGGCAAUGAGGUUCUCUGCACGUCAUUGUUUGCUCUAGAUAAAAGUGUGACCAAAUACUACACCGGACAGGAGUAAUUGUAAUAUAGUGACCUUUGCAAACAAGCGAUAUGCCAAUAUGAUGAUCCCAUGGAAUUUAAAUUGCCUGCCUGUUAUCAGUUUUUACAUAAUGUCCUAUGUCCGGACACGUGCCACCAUCACAGUAGACCAAUCGAGUUGUGCUAAACAACCAAGAGGCUGCAUGUUGAGAAAUACAAUGAAAGGAAUAUAUUGUAUCAACAUGUCAGCCUAUUCUGAGAUCUCUUAUUAAACUCGAAUCAUUUUGAAAUCCAAAAAAUAACAGACGACCAACUGUAUUUUCGCGGACAGACGGCGUGUUUUUCUUGCACACGAGCCACUAGGCACAGUAGUGACCGAUCGAUGUUGUGUUUUCACCUACCAAACGACCCCGCGCGGGCACGGGUCGUCCCAAAGGUAAAUACUGACGUUUGAACGGGUCUGCGCAAACAAGUCAGAGGAUGCCUAAGCCUAGCAUCUGUUUAAUAAAUAAUUAAUGGCACAGGCUAAUGGGUCAAAUAUUAACGUUUCUGGAGGCCAUGGUACCGUAUAAAUAACAGCGUCGCGCCAACAGAAGUUCAUCUUAGAAAAAAAGAAACAAGCUUUGACGAUACAUCUGCGCUUUUUUUUAAACUACCCCACGUUUUUGUAAUGAGUGGAUUAUCUCUGCAGUUCUUGUGGGUGGAGAUAGUAUUUACAGUCGUUCUAUCUUCAGCCCCGGCGUUGGCCUCCCCGAUUUUAGGCGAGCCCAUUCGUUGCGCGCCCUGCACGCCGGAGAAGUUGCUUGAAUGUCCGGCAGUUGCACCGGACUGCGAGGAGGCUUUGCGUGAGCCCGGCUGCGGAUGCUGCCUUACCUGCGCUCUGAAGAAAGGAACAUCCUGCGGAGUUUACACUGCACCUUGCGCUUCGGGGCUACGCUGCUCUCCGCGACCAGAGGACCCUCGGCCCCUUCAUUCUCUUACAAGGGGGCAUGCCGUCUGUACUGAAUCCGAGCAAAGCGAAUCUCCCCAAAAUCCAGAAAACGGAGAGGCGAACACAGACGGAUCCCCGUACCACUUGCUGGGACUCAAACCCUAUGAUCCGAAGGACAUCUGGGAGGCGCAGGAAAGCCUGAAAGCUAAAAUCAACGCCAUCCGGAAGAAACUUGUGGAGCAGGGCCCCUGUCACGUGGAGUUACAGCAGGCCCUGGAGAGGAUCGCCUCGUCCCAGCAGACGUUAGGGGAGAAGUUCACCACCUUCUACCUUCCCAACUGCGACAAGCACGGCUUCUACAAAUCCAAGCAGUGUGAGACAUCUUUAGCGGGAGAGCCUGGGAAGUGUUGGUGCGUGUCCUCCUGGAAUGGAAAGAUGAUCCCGGGUUCCACUGGCCUUCUCGCAGACUCUGGCUGCCAGCAGGAGCUAACCCACUAGCGCCCUCUUGUGUCGCUACACCAGUUAACACUCAAACCUCCAUUAUUUAUUGAAAACGUACCUCUAUUUAUUUAACACACUUCACGCCACACGUACACUGAUUCUAGAGAAAAUUACUUUCUGAAUAUAAAAUGAAUUUCACUUUACUUACAUCUCAUAUACUUAUUUAUUUU